AUGUCUACGACGACGCACGUGGAGAUGCUGAUCAAGGAGGUUUUCGAAAAGGCAACGUCGCAGCAUCACUAUAUCGACAUGUAUGCAGACCUCUGCGUCCUCCUGAGCGAGUACUUUGCCCUGAACCCGGUCGGGAACGAUCCCAAGUUCAGCUUCAAGCGACUGCUCUUGCACGAGUGCCAGGGCAGCUUCGAGCGGAACCUCAAGGCACCCGACCUCAGUGGGCUGGACGACCCGGAGGAGCGCCAGCUGCGCGAGUUCCGCCACAAGCGGCGCGUGCUGGGCAACAUAAAGCUCAUCGGGGCCCUGCUGGUGCGCAAGAUGCUCGCUGGCAAGGUCUUCCUGGCCAUCCUCGCGGAGUUCGUGGGGACGCCCACCUCCGAGGCGAUGGAGUGCACGGCGGCUCUGCUGACGGUCGCGGGCGCCUCCUUCGACACGCAGGACUGGGCGCACCACGGGCGCCUCGACGCGAUAUUCGCCCAGCUGCGGUCGAUCGCCAGGCAGCCCUCCUGCGCGCCGCGCACCCGGUGCCUGCUGCAGGACGUGUUCGACCUGCGCGCGAGCGGCUGGCAGGCCCGCGCGCAGCACGGGCGCGCGGCGGCCCCGUCGACGCUGCAGGAGGUUGGCAUCUUGCAGGCGGUGGACCUCGGCCUCUUGCCCUGA